AUGUCUUCCGAAAUCCAGCCCAUCAGCCCUGGCCGUUUCGCCGAUGCCAUCAAGGACCUCUCGCUCGCCUCGCUGCACCUCAAGGUCCUCGAAAUCCGCAACGACGUGGCUCACCUCGACUACUCCAACGAACAGCUGCUGCCCUACGCCAAGGGAACCGUCGCUGCUCUGGGCGCCACCCCCAGCGAAAGCCCCGAGCCCGACCAGGACUGCAUUGACGCCAUCAAAGAAAACCUCGGCGUCAUCGAGCGCAAGCUCAACCAGCUGCGCCUCGUGCGCGCCGAGGUCGAGAACCGCGGUGUCAGCUGGACCGAGUUCCAGAGCAAAGAAGAGGCCGAGCAGGAGCAGGUUGAGUCGGACCAGCGUGCAGAACGGACAGGCUCGGCGCUGGCGGCGGCACGGCAGCCGACGGCUGCAACCAACGGACACACAGCCACGACGACCAACGGCCAUGCCAGCUCCAGCUCGACCGCGGCCACAACCACAACCACAGCCAGCAAUCCCUGGACGGAUGGCACCUUCCAGACGGGCACCAUUCGCAAUGGAGAGCUUCAGAUGGACUCUGUAGCUGGCCAGUCGUUUGUAUCACGCAACACUGGCGGCGGCAGCCUGACGGACGAGCAGCUCCAGCAGGCCCUCGAAGAGCGCCUUGGUCUGUCGUCACACAGUGGCGGUGCUGACGGAAACAUCGACGACGAUGAAGAGGGCGGCCUGCACUUGUGA